AUGGGCGAGGAAGCUACGUUGCCAAUAACUGUCGAGUUCAGCGGUGGGCUGGAGCUACUAUUCUCAAAGCAGAAGACUCAUAAGGUGCAAAUCCCGGCCAGCGACCCCUCGGGGAAGCCUGCCAAUGUGGGGUUCUUGGUGGGCUGGUUGUGUGAUAACCUGAUGGUGGAUAAGCGGAAGGAUAUGUUUGUUAUGGAUGGCACUGUUCGGAAUGGAAUACUGGUCCUGAUUAAUGAUGCCGAUUGGGAGCUGGAGGGCGAGGAUGAGUAUGUUCUUGAGAAAGGGGAUAAUAUCCUCUUUGUCUCGACUCUGCACGGGGGAUAG